AUGAAUGAAAAGCCCUGCUUCGCAUCCCUCAGCAUGGCGGGACUGCAGCUCAUGACCCCUGCUUCCUCCCCAAUGGGUCCAUUUUUUGGACUACCAUGGCAACAAGAAGCAAUUCAUGAUAACAUUUACACGCCAAGAAAAUAUCAGGUUGAACUGCUUGAAGCAGCUUUGGAUCAUAAUACAAUAGUCUGCUUAAACACUGGCUCAGGGAAGACUUUUAUUGCAGUACUACUCACUAAAGAGCUGUCGUAUCAGAUCAGGGGAGAUUUCAACAAAAAUGGGAAGAGAACUGUAUUCUUGGUCAACUCAGCAAAUCAAGUUGCUCAGCAAGUGUCAGCUGUCAGGACACAUUCAGAUCUUAAAGUGGGAGAGUAUUCAAGUUUAGAGAUGACUGAAUCAUGGACAAAAGAGAAGUGGAGUCAAGAAUUCUCUAAGCAUCAGGUUCUGGUUAUGACAUGCCAUGUUGCUUUAACUGUUUUGAGAAAUGAAUAUUUAUCCCUGUCAAAUAUUAACCUUCUGGUAUUUGAUGAGUGCCAUCUUGCAAUCCAGGAUCACCCAUACCGUGAAAUUAUGAAGAUCUGUGAGGAUUAUCCAUCAUGUCCUCGAAUCUUGGGAUUAACAGCUUCCAUUUUAAAUGGGAAAUGUGAUCCUGCUGAGUUAGAGGAGAAGAUCCAGAAACUGGAGAAAAUUUUGAAGAGCAAUGCUGAAACUGCAACUGAUUUGGUGGUCUUAGACAGAUAUACUUCUCAGCCGUGUGAGAUUGUUGUAGACUGUGGACCAUAUGCUGAUAAAAGUGGGUUGUAUGGAAGAUUAUUGAAGGAAUUGGAUGAAGCGCUUACCUUCCUGAAUGACUGUAACAUAUCUGUACAUUCAAAAGAAAGAGAUUCUACCUUAAUUUCUAAGCAGAUACUGUCAGACUGUCGAGCUGUGUUGGUUGUUCUGGGACCCUGGUGUGCAGAUAAGGUAGCUGGGAUGAUGGUGAGAGAGCUACAGAAGUAUAUCAAACACGAACAAGAGGAGCUGCACAGGAAAUUUUUAUUGUUUACAGACACUUUCCUAAGGAAAAUACAUGCACUCUGUGAAGAGCACUUCUCGCCUGCCUCACUUGACCUGAAAUUUGUAACCCCAAAAGUGAUAAAGCUGCUUGAAAUCUUGCGCAAAUACAAACCGUAUGAACGACAGCAGUUUGAAAGUGUUGAAUGGUAUAACAAUAGGAAUCAAGAUAACUACGUGUCUUGGAGUGAUUCUGAAGAUGAUGAGGAGGAUGAAGAAAUUGAGGAGAAAGAGAAGCCAGAGACUAAUUUCCCAUCUCCCUUUACUAAUAUUUUAUGUGGAAUUAUUUUUGUGGAAAGAAGAUACACAGCAGUUGUUCUAAAUAGGUUGAUUAAAGAAGCUGGCAAGCAAGAUCCAGAACUGUCCUAUAUCAGUAGCAAUUUUAUAACUGGACAUGGCAUUGGCAAGAACCAACCACGGAAUAAGCAGAUGGAAGUAGAGUUCAGAAAACAGGAAGAGGUCCUUAGAAAAUUUCGAGCACAUGAGACCAACCUACUUAUUGCUACAAGUAUUGUAGAAGAGGGUGUUGACAUACCAAAAUGCAACUUGGUGGUGCGUUUUGAUUUGCCCACAGAAUACCGCUCCUAUGUACAGUCUAAAGGAAGAGCUAGAGCACCAAUUUCCAAUUACAUUAUGUUAGCAGAUACAGACAAAAUCAAAACUUUUGAAGAAGAUCUUAAGACAUACAAAGCAAUCGAGAAGAUCCUCAGAAACAAAUGCUCAAAAUCUGUUGAUACCAAUGAAACUGAAACUGAUCCCGUUGUUGAUGAUGAUGAUGUGUUUCCACCCUAUGUCUUGAGGCCAGAUGAGAACAGUCCAAGAGUUACUAUUAACACUGCUAUUGGACACAUAAAUAGGUACUGUGCUAGAUUACCAAGUGAUCCAUUUACACACCUAGCUCCCAAGUGUAAAACCCGAGAACUACCUGAUCAUACCUUUUACUCUACUCUCUACCUGCCAAUCAACUCACCUCUUCGAGCCUCAAUUGUUGGUCCUCCGAUGAGUUGUGCAAGACUGGCUGAGAGAGUGGUAGCUCUUAUUUGCUGUGAAAAACUACACAAAAUUGGUGAACUGGAUGAUCAUUUGAUGCCAGUUGGUAAAGAAACGGUUAAAUAUGAGGAAGAGCUUGAUUUACAUGAUGAAGAGGAAACCAGUGUUCCAGGAAGGCCAGGCUCUACAAAACGAAGACAGUGCUAUCCUAAAGCUAUUCCAGAAUGUUUGAGGGAUAGUUACCCCAAACCUGAUCAGCCCUGUUACCUAUAUGUAAUAGGAAUGGUGUUAACGACUCCUCUACCUGAUGAGCUCAACUUCAGGAGACGAAAGCUAUAUCCUCCUGAGGAUACAACAAGGUGUUUUGGCAUAUUGACAGCCAAACCUAUACCUCAGAUUCCUCACUUUCCUGUGUAUACUCGCUCUGGAGAGGUUACAAUAUCUAUUGAGCUUAAGAAAUCUGGUUUCACUCUGUCUCUGCAAAUGCUUGAGCUGAUAACACGACUGCAUCAAUACAUUUUUUCACAUAUUCUUCGUCUUGAGAAACCUGCACUAGAGUUCAAACCUACAGAAGCUGAUUCAGCCUAUUGUGUUCUACCUCUUAAUGUUGUUGAUGACUCCAGCACUUUGGACAUUGACUUUAAGUUUAUGGAAGACAUUGAGAAAUCUGAGGCACGUACAGGCAUUCCCAGUACACAAUAUACAAAAGAAAUGCCUUUUAUUUUCAAGUUAGAAGAUUACCAGGAUGCUGUUAUCAUUCCACGGUAUCGAAAUUUUGAUCAGCCUCAUCGAUUCUAUGUAGCUGAUGUGUACACUGAUCUUACUCCACUCAGUAAAUUCCCAUCCCCUGAAUAUGAAACUUUUGCUGAGUAUUAUAAAACAAAGUAUAAUCUUGACCUUACAAAUCUCAACCAGCCGCUACUGGAUGUGGACCACACAUCUUCCAGACUUAAUCUUUUGACUCCUCGCCAUUUGAAUCAGAAGGGAAAAGCACUUCCACUAAGCAGUGCUGAGAAGAGAAAAGCAAAAUGGGAAAGUUUGCAGAAUAAGCAGAUACUGGUUCCAGAGCUCUGUGCUAUACAUCCUAUUCCAGCAUCAUUGUGGAGAAAAGCAGUUUGCCUCCCCAGCAUACUGUAUCGCCUGCACUGCCUUUUGACAGCAGAGGAACUAAGAGCUCAAACAGCCACUGAUGCUGGUGUAGGGGUUAAAUCACUUCCUGCAGAUUUCAGAUAUCCUAACUUGGACUUUGGAUGGAAAAAGUCUAUUGACAGCAAAUCCUUCAUCUCUAUUCCUAACUCCUCUUUAGUAGAGAAUGAAAGUUAUUGUAAGCACAGCACAAUUGUAGUCCCUGAAAAUGCUGCACAUCAAGGUGCUAAUAGAGCCUCUUCUGCAGAAAACCAUGACCAAAUGUCUGUGAGUUACAGAACAUUGCUCAAUGAGUCACCCAGUAAACUACAAAUUGAUGUCUCGGCAGAGCUUGCAGCAAUUAAUGGUGUUACUUAUAAUAAAAAUCUUGCCAAUGGCAAUUGUGAUUUAGUUAAUAGAGACUUUUGCCAAGGAAAUCAGCUGAAUUACUGCAGGCAGGAAAUACCUGUACAACCAACUACCUCAUAUCCCAUUCAGAAUUUAUACAACAUUGAGAACCAGCCCGAGCCCAGCAAUGAAUGUACUCUACUGAGUAAUAAAUACCUUGAUGGAAAUGCUAACAGAUCUACCUCAGAUGGAUGCCCCGUAAUGGCAGUGACCACCAGUUCUUCAAAAGCUAUUAAUCUUUCAAAAGACACAGCAGAUUUUGAAAAGAACCCUUCCAAUGGGUACUCAUCAAAAACUCUUGGUCCUAAUCCUGGUCUCAUUCUUCAAGCUUUGACUCUUUCAAAUGCUAGUGAUGGAUUUAAUCUGGAGCGGCUAGAAAUGCUUGGUGAUUCAUUUUUAAAGCAUGCCAUUACUACGUACCUGUUUUGCACUUACCCUGAUGCUCAUGAGGGACGGCUGUCAUAUAUGAGAAGCAAAAAAGUCAGCAACUGUAACUUGUAUCGCCUUGGAAAAAAGAAAGGACUGCCCAGUCGUAUGGUGGUAUCGAUUUUUGAUCCCCCAGUCAAUUGGCUUCCUCCUGGUUACAUAGUAAACCAGGACAAGAGCAACACUGAUAAGUGGGAGAAAGAUGAAAUGACAAAGGAAAACUUGUUGUCUAAUGGUAAAGUUGAUGAUUAUGGUGAUGAUGAAGAGGAUGAAAACCUAAUGUGGAGGUUACCCAAGGAAGAAACAGACUUUGAAGAUGAUUUUCUGGAGUAUGAUCAGGAGCAUAUCAAAUUCAUUGAUAAUAUGUUAAUGGGAUCUGGGGCUUUUGUGAAGAAAAUUUCUCUUUCUCACUUUUCAACCACUGAUUCAAACUAUGAAUGGAAAGCACCCAAAAAGUCAUCCCUGGGUAAUGUUCAGUUUUCAGCAGAUUUUGAUGAUUUUGACUAUAGCUCUUGGGAUGCUAUGUGCUAUCUGGAUCCCAGCAAGGCUGUUGAAGAGGAUGAUUUUGUAGUGGGCUUCUGGAAUCCAUCAGAAGAAAACUGUGGUGUUGAUUCAGGAAAACAGUCUAUCUCAUAUGACUUGCAUACAGAGCAGUGUAUUGCUGACAAAAGCAUUGCAGACUGUGUGGAAGCCCUUUUGGGCUGCUAUCUGACCAGCUGUGGUGAAAGAGCUGCUCAGCUUUUCCUGUGUUCAUUGGGGCUCAAGGUGCUCCCUGUAAUUAAAAAGACUGAUUGGGAGGGCACUUUGUGUGCUACCGGAGAAAAUUGCAACAGUGAGCAGAAGAAUCUUUCCCCAAACUCUGUUUCUGCUUCUGUAGCUAAUUCAGAGCCUUCUCUGUAUAAAGACCUGGAGUAUGGCUGUUUGAAGAUUCCACCAAGGUGUAUGUUUGAUCACCCAGAUGCUGAAAAAACCCUAAAUCACCUUAUUUCUGGUUUUGAAAACUUUGAGAAGAAAAUAAACUACAGUUUUAAGAACAAGGCUUAUCUUCUACAGGCGUUUACUCAUGCCUCAUACCAUUAUAAUACUAUUACUGAUUGUUACCAGCGUUUAGAAUUCCUGGGAGAUGCAAUUUUGGACUACCUCAUAACCAAGCACCUUUAUGAAGACCCAAGGCAACACUCUCCAGGAGUUCUUACUGACCUGCGAUCUGCUUUAGUCAAUAAUACCAUUUUUGCAUCAUUAGCUGUAAAGUAUGACUACCACAAGUACUUCAAAGCUGUCUCUCCUGAACUGUUUCAUGUUAUUGAUGACUUUGUGCAGUUUCAAAUGGAAAAGAAUGAAAUGCAAGGAAUGGAUUCUGAGCUCAGAAGAUCUGAAGAAGAUGAAGAAAAAGAGGAAGACAUCGAAGUACCAAAGGCCAUGGGGGAUAUAUUUGAGUCCCUUGCUGGUGCCAUUUAUAUGGAUAGUGGAAUGUCUUUGGAAAUGGUUUGGCAAGUGUACUAUCCAAUGAUGCGGCCAUUAAUAGAAAAAUUUUCUGCUAAUGUGCCCCGUUCCCCAGUGCGAGAGUUGCUGGAAAUGGAGCCAGAAACAGCCAAAUUUAGUCCUGCAGAAAGAACUUACGAUGGAAAGGUGAGAGUAACAGUGGAAGUUGUAGGAAAGGGAAAGUUUAAAGGUGUCGGCAGAAGCUACAGGAUUGCCAAAUCUGCAGCUGCGAGAAGAGCACUACGAAGCCUCAAAGCAAACCAACCUCAGGUCCCAAACAGCUGAGACUCCUCUUAAAAUACAUAAAAAUGGAGGAAACAAACACAUACAAAUAAAGCAAAUUUUUUAAAAUGUUGAGAGGAACAAAUUGGAAGACAGAAUUCAAAGUUUGUUUGAUAGCAGAAUAGAUAAGAAAACAGUUAACAUGUAUACACUUUUGGAACUAAUUGUAGUUAUAGUUUUUUGCGCAAACACAAUCUUGUCUUCUUUCCUCACUUCUGCUUUGUUUAAUCACAAGAGUGCUUUAAUGAUGACAUUUAGCAAGUGUUCAGAAUAAUUGUUGUCAGGUCUUUUUGGUUUACUUUUAUUGUCAGUACAGCUUUGCUUAGUGUUAGAAGGCCAGGGAGCUUAUGCCUAAUGCAGUUGCUAGAUUUAUAUAUAGUAAUCUUGAAAUUCUUCAAUCUGUGCACUAGUGCCAGUCAUAAAGCAGUUGAUAAACUGUACUGGAUGAUUGGGUAUAAGAAAGAAUAAGUGUGCCAGUAUUCUUCUUUCUUUUUUUUUUCUCCCUCCUCCUCCUUUCUCUCCAUGUCAUCUUUUGACAUUAAGAUGGCAUUCCCAAUCAUUAUUGCACUUAUUUGUUAGGGACAGGUUUUAACUGAAAUGGCUGGCAUACUGGUAGAAUGAAACUUCAAUUUUCUUAUGCCACGCAGUCUCGCAUAAAAAAAGGUUCUUGCCUUAAAAACAAAUAAACCCUCAUUAAUACUCUUUAAUUUCUGAUCUUUUUUGGAACAAACUGUUUUACAUUCCCUUCAUUUUAUUAUGCAUUUUACGAUGAUACAGCUCUAUAUUUACUGUACAACUCAUUACCAUAGCUGUGACUUAUUACCGAAUUAUAAUAGAAAUUGUAUUCAUAUGUAUGUAAUUAGGUUAUUUUUAACAAUUCUGAGGAGGUGGUUAAUCUACAGGUUUUUUUUAUACCAUAAACAAAAUACAGUCUUUGGCUAAAAUUCCAAUUUUUCACAAACCUGCAAGCUCAGUAGUUCCGAUACUGGAAGUAAUUGCACAGUGCAAACUGUCACUCUAACAAAAUAACCUUAGACAUAUCACACCUAAAAUAUGCUGCAGAUUUUAUAGUCAAUUGGUUACGUAUUUAACAAACAGAGCACCUUUACACUUAGAUAUUUCCACGUAAAUUUCUUACUGUACUUUUCAGAGUUGCAUGCAUAUUUCACCUACCAAAGCUGUGCUGUUUAAUAACAUGAAAAGUUGAUGUUUGAGAUAUAACUGCCAUACUUUUGAUACAUCUGUGAUUUAGGUCCUUAAUUUAGUGAAACUAGCUCAUUGGUGUUUUGGUCUACUGGGGGCAGGGGGGAAAUCAUACUUUUAUUUUUUAGGCUUUGCCUAUACUUCUUUAAUUAGAUUUUUUUGGUAGGCACUCUUCACUUAAAUACCUCAGUUCGUUUUUCUUUUCUUUUCUUUUCUUUUAAUUUCUUUUCUUUCUUUUUUUUUGUUUUUGCAUGCGUUGUUUUUUUCUGUUUUGGUGCUAUGUUUAUAUAUUAUGCUUGAAAUUUUAAUUUUUUGCACUGUAACUAUAAUACCUCUUAAUUUACCUUUUAAAAAAAGCUGUGGGUCUCGUAUUCCCACCAAUAUCAGUAGAGGUUUGCUGCAAUUUUGCCCUGUUAAUUGUGCUUGAAGUUGGAGAAAGCAGAGCAAGGUGUUUUAACGUUUUCCAGCACAAUAGUUUGAACUUGAUGCUGUGUCUUAUGUAUUAAAUUACAAAUAAAUACUGUAUUUCCUGCUUUUAAACCUUAUCCCCUCCCUCACAAAUGCACACUAAAACAAAACAAAAACUGUCAGCUCUGGCUUUCUUAACAUAAACAUAAAAUAAAUGCCUUAGUGACAAGGGGUAGACAUUAAGCUUUUCUGAAACGCAUUUUUCCAAAGUUCAUGUGCUUUUUUUUAUCUCAGUCAUUUUUCUUCCUACAAAUAGGACAUUCUUGUAUUUGAAAGCAGUAUUGUUAGUAGUCAGACCAAGAAGUAAAAUACUAGCUAUCAUUUAGUUGGUACAUCAGUCAUGGAAACAAGAGACAAGUACUAGACCUGCAAUUCUCAAUGUGUAUAAAACAAAUGCAAAUGAGAUGGAACAGUAAAAACAUGCAGUCAGAUUUUUCAAAGUAAAUUGCUUUUGAUUUAGGUGUUCUGGUUUUGUUUUGUUUGAAAAGAAAAACAUCACCAAUUUCAAGGUUUCUUCUUGGUAAGAGUGAAGUUUCUUAGAGAAAAUACAAAAUUCCUAAUGUAAACAAUUCUGUAUUUCUGUCCAGACUUCAGUCAGCAGAUAAAAUCAGACCAUCUACGAAGUCUUAAAUAGUUUUAGCUGCAUUGCGAAAAACUAGAAUUUAAGUUAAUCUUUGAACACCCAAAAUUUCUUGCUGAUUGUUACAAGGUUAUGGAUUCUCAGGGUUUUCAGGCAGCUGUUAGCAGAAAAGGCUUAGGAGUGUUUUGAUGCAAAGAAAAUUACCUGAACUUGCUGUGUGUUUCAGAAUAGUUUAAUGAUCACCUUGUUACUAGAUAAAGCCUAUGAAUUGAGAAAUCUGAAAUGGGUAGUGGCUGACUAUAAAGUAGUUUCUGCUGCUGAUGCAUUUUAAAAUGUGUUUUAAAUGCCGUAAUUUUUUCCAGUGUGACCUCAUCGAAAUAUUUUUAUCCUUUGAGAUAGAAAAUUCAUAUUAGUUUCCAUGUUGUACAUCUGUAUGUUUUACCCUACAGUUGAUACGAUUUUGAUAUUGGACAGUGUAUGCUAUUAAGACCUAAAUCUGAUUAUUUGAAGGUUGGGAUAGAAGUCACUUGACAUGCUAUAAGCACAAGUGUAAGUGGACUGUUGCAACCCAUCUUCAAAAGCAACCACACAAGCUCAUCACAAACAGUGUGGGGGUUAUUUGGCAUGAACCUGUUUUUUUUUUUAAUCUAAUUCCUGUUAUACUGUACUUUAAACAGUCCUCCUAACUAUGCUGCGUUUUUAUUUUAAAGGCUUUUUGUUUUGCGCUGUUCUGUUCAUGUAGCACAAAUAAGCAUUGCACUUGGUACCAUGCUUUACCUCAUUUCAAGGAAAAAAUGCGUAACAGAGAGGAAAAAUGUGGUUUGGCCUUGCUGCUGUUCUGAUUUACUGAAUUUGAGAAAAGAUAAUUAUAAUGCCUGCAAUGUGUCAUUUUACUUGCACAACUUAAAUAGGUCAUUUGUAAUGUCUGUGGCAUUUUUACUGUACAUGGAAAAAUACAACAAAGCUGUGUAACAACUCUUGAUUGUAUUUUAAAUGUGUUUUUUUUUCUACUAUAUCAUUUUGCUGUUAUGUGAAGUAAUUAAAAUUAGAAUGACCUCUGACACUCCAGUAAUUAUCUCUGAGCGAACCAACAUAUGUGUGUGAUGUAGUUUUUUGCAAGAAGACGGUCCCUAGUAAUUUUGUCAACCUCAACUAAAUCUCUGCUCGGUCUGAAUCUUGAGUUUCCAGUAGUGACUUCUGAAGUGUUUGUUCAGCUUGAUGCUACUGAAGUCCAUACAGGAAAAGAAGCCUACUAUUUUUAAGGCUCACUAUGCAAUCCCAUGUUGUGACUGCAGAGUACAGAACUUGGACAAGAACCAAUUUCCAUGCUGGGGAGAAGUAUAGGGGUUGCCCAGAGGUGAUGUGCUAGAUCAUAAGCUAGUGCAGAUUUAUGUGGUAUCAUUUUAGUCAACAGAACUGCAUUCUUUUACAUCCCCGAAUCUUGUGCUCAUAUCUGUGUUGCAGAGUUUGGGGCUUCCUCUUUAUAAGCAAAUACAAAACCAUAAACUGGAAAAUGGAGGUUUUAUGUUACUGCAUAUGGCAUAACUGCUACAUGCAUUUAUCUGCAUGAAGAGUGAAAAUUUUGUAUCACAGUCACAGCAGCACAUGUAAUCCCCAAAUGACAAAUAGCACCGUUGUCUGCUGUGAUACUACACUUGUCUGACAGUAUUCUGGGGUUUGUAUGGUUUGGGUCAGGUUCCCAACAAAAAUGUUCUCGUGGAAAUCUCUGUAUUUAUUACAUGAGUGAAGCGAGAAUGAUUUUGAUUUUUGGUACUUUAUUACUGACAUUGAUCUUUUCCAUUUGCUCUAAUUUGCAAGGAGCUAUUUUCUUUACUUUCAUAUUAGGUUUAAAACACUACAGUUGAUGACCAUGGAAUAUAACAAUCAAUUGUAACUCAAAUCUGAAUUACGUUAGCAAAUAUCUAGAGGUCAUUGUAGUAUACUCCACUGGCAGUUAAAAUUCUGUCAAAUUUAACUACAUUUCUGAAAUAAUUUUUUUUCCAAUUAAUUCCUUGGGAUUUUACCUUGUUUUAUUUCAAUGGCAACCACAGACAACUUUGAUUGCUUUGUAGAUGCACUCAGAAUUUACUGCAGCAGCAAGUUGGAGAGAAAAAUGUUUGUGAACAUGAAUUGGAAAUUGCAGGCAUUUUUGUUGUAAAUAGUUUGACUGAAAAGAUGGGUUAAAAUCAAUUCGAAUGAAUAACGUAUAAUUUGAUGGACAAUAAAAUAUUUACCAUCACAUGCUGCAGCUGUCUUUAAGGGACAUAAAAUGUAAUUCAUUCAUACUGUAAUCAUGCUGCAGAAGUUUGCAAUCUGCACCUUAUGGAUCACAAUUACCUUUUAAUAGUUUUUUGUAAUAAUUGUAGCUGAGUAUAUCUCCAAUAAAGUUAUGGUCUGUUCACCUUG